AUGGAGAGGGGGAAGAAGAAGGUGGACUGGUCUGAUCUUCCAAAGGAGUUAUGGCCGAAUAUCGGAAAAUGCCUUGACAAUUCCGUCGGCGUUCUCCGCUUUCGCAGCGUCUGUAAGUUAUGGCGUUCCUCUAUCCCCUCUUUUCAGCGAACCAUUCUUCCUCCAAUGCCCCACGUGUAUUCUUCCUGUUCCUCUGCAAGCGCCAGGGCUGCCGGAACUGAAAUCCAAGCCGUGCUCUACCCAAUCACAGUCUACCGCAUGGAGGCACUCGUCGACGGAGAACCCAAUUCGUCAAAACCAUGGCUGGUGAAGUUCGAAGAGUCCCCUUCUGGAAAGCUGCGUUUGCGUCAUCCAAUCACAAAUUCGCCUCUCAGGAACUCUCCUGACGGUUCUUCAAAGCAAUUCAACUUAUUGGACUUUGGGAUUGUGGAAUUGAGCAAGUCGUAUGCCCUUAAGUAUCGGCUUAACGAUUUCACUGUUGAUUGUAUGAACAAAGUUGUAGUCUUGAAUCCAACCCAUUUGGAUAAUUUUACUGUGAUGAUGAUGCACGGUGAAGGCCAGUUGUACUUUGCCAGAUUCGGAGAUGAGAAAUGGACCCUUUUGAAACAAAAAGACUCUUGGUUUGAUGAUAUUAUUGCUUAUAAGGGUCACUGCUAUGUUGUUGAUAGAGAGGGAAUAGUUUCAUGCAUGAAUUCAGAGUUUAAGGUGAUUCAAUUUUCGCCUCCCUUAGGUAGGUUGGGUGAGCAGAAGCAUUUGGUUGAGUCUGGUGGUGAUCUUUAUGUGGUUGAUCGGUUCACUGAGAGGCAGAGGCCCAAGAUGGGCAAGAUGUUAGAGCACCGGGACCUUAUUUUUGGGGAUCUCACUGCCCCUUAUCCUGAGACAGUUAGUUUUAAAGUUUAUAAGCUGGAACAAGAAUGGGGUAGGUGGGUUGAGGUGAAUAGCUUGGGAGAUCAAGUGUUUGUUUUGAGCCAUGACGACUCUUUCUCUGUCUCCACCAGAGGCGUUUCUAGAGUGAAAGGGAAUUGCAUUUUGUUCACCGACCAAAAGCGUACUUAUGAGCCAGAAUUUGGAGGGCCAAGAACACUUACUCGUGAGUGUUGUGUGUUCAAUUUGGAAAAUGGCAGCAUUACGAACCUAGCAGCUUCACCUGGCUAUUCUCUGAUUCUCCAGCCACCCUCAGCCUGGCUCUCCCCCGACUGA